UGUUUAGCAUAUUGUUGAGUGUUUAUGAAGAGGUUAAGAAAAAUGAUUCACAACGCAUCGUUCUUCUGUCUGUGUCUUUUGCUAUCGACUGGUGUGUUUGGUGAUACAGAUGUAAUGAAGUCAGUAUCAGUGAUGGAGGGAGAUUCUGUCACUCUAAACACUGAUGUUAAAGUACAGAGAGAUGAUCACACACUGUGGAUGUUUGGACCUCAAGAGAGGCGAAUAGCUGAAAUCCACAGACAGACCAUCUAUAUAGAUGCCACUAAUACAAUAUUUGAGAAAAGACUCCAGAUGGACAAUCAAACUGGAUCUCUGACCAUCAGAAACAUCAGAACUGAACACACUGGACUUUAUAAACUACAGAACAUCAACAACAGAGGAACUUCAAACAAGAGAUUCAGUGUUACUGUCUAUGCUCUUCUGCCUGUUCCUGUCAUCACCAGUAACUCUUCAAACUGUUCAUCUACAUCACCAUCAUCAAGUCAGAAUUGUUCACUGCUGUGUUCAGUGUUGAAUGUGAGUGAUGUGACUCUCUCCUGGUACAAAGGAAACAGUUUAUUGUCCAGCAUCAGUGUGUCUGAUCUCAGCAUCAGUCUCUCUCUAUCUCUGGAGGUGGAAUAUCAGGAUACAAACGCCUACAGCUGUGUGCUGAAUGAUCCCUUCAGCAAGCAGACUACAAAGCUGGACAUCAGUCAACUCUGUCAAAUGUGUCUAGACAAAACACAGACACCAGUCUCAGUGACUGAGGGAGAUUCUGUCACUCUACACACUGAUGUUAUGGAAGUAAAGAUGAAGGAUCAAAUACUGUGGAUGUUUGAAUGUCGUCCUGCUCAACUGACUAUCAUUGCUGAAAUCCUGAAUAAUAACAUCUUCAUAUAUGACUGUGACGAUUUGAGAUUCAAAGACAGACUGCAGCUAGAUGGUCAGACUGGAAAUCUCACCAUCACAAACACCAACAAAACAGAUUCUGGAGUCUAUAAACUACAGAUCAACAAUGGAGUUUCCAGAUGCUGGGGUUUUAAUGUUACUGUCUAUGCUCAUCUGCCUGUUCCUGUCAUCAGCAGAGAUUCCUCAAGCUGUUCUUCAUCAUCAUCAUCAUCAGGAUCAUCAGUGUCCAGAUGUGUGCUGCUGUGUUCAGUGGUGAAUGUGGAUUAUCAGAACAACACUCUGUCAAACAACACCUACAGCUGUGUUGUCUCCAAUUCAUUCACCAUACAGACUGAAUAUGUGGACAUCACCAAGCUUUGUUCAGUUACUGUUAUUCUCUACGGUAUGUUGUUCUUUGUUGUCACUGUCUGUCUGUUGGAUUUUUCCUACCUCUACCACACUCCUCCCUGUCUCUACUAG